GCCUGCGGGCCCCCGCACCCCUGAGAGCCUCGUUGAUUUCAGGGGUCCCCGGGUCCCCCGGCCCCAGCCCGCGGCGCUAUGGCCCACGUGGGCUCCCGCAAGCGCUCGAGGAGCCGCAGCCGGUCUCGGGGGCGAGGGUCGGGAAAGCGGAGCCGGAAGAGCAGCAAGGACGCCCGGAGGAGCCGUUCAGCGUCUAGAUCNNGGGGGACACAGGCCAGAGCAAGGGGACGGGGCUUACUCCCCGCUCCUAGCCUCCACCCUCACCUUCUCCGCCUCACAGAGAGAAGCAAGCACAAGGCCCGCAGGAGGCCGCGGUCCAGCUCCUCCUCCUCCUCUUCCAGUUCUUCCAGCUCCUCCUCCUCCAGCCGCAGCCGGAAGAAGCGGGAGAAGCGCGAGGACAAGAGACGGCGGCGGAAGAAAAGGAAGAAGCGGCUGAAGAGGAAGGGCAAGGAGAAGGCUAAGGUGCGGCCGCCCGAGGCGCCGCCAGGCCCCUCGCUGGACCAGUGGCACAGACCCGCCGGGGAGGAAGACGACGGCCCAGUGCUGACGGAUGAGCAGAAGUCUCGAAUCCAGGCCAUGAAGCCCAUGACCAAGGAGGAGUGGGAUGCGCGGCAGAGCGUCAUCCGCAAGGUGGUGGACCCGGAGACCGGCCGCACCAGGCUCAUUAAGGGAGACGGCGAGGUCUUAGAGGAAAUCGUAACCAAGGAACGACACAAGGAGAUCAACAAGCAAGCAACCCGAGGGGACGGCCUGGCCUUCCAGAUGCGAGCAGGGCUCUUGCCCUGAGGGCCCUGCCAACCAAGGUCUGUGGACAGUGUUGGUGGCAUGAGAGGGUGGGCAGCAGGAAGCCAGACGGGUGCUGUUUUUCUUCCUGUGGACCGGCCUCUGUCCCAGCCGCCUCUCAGAUGCAGGGGAGGAGGACCGGGUCACUGUCCUAACCCACUCCCCUUCUCCUGAAAGAAUGCAGUUUCCCAGAUAUUAAACGUUGCCUGGUUGGAGACUUC